CAAUUAGCGGCAGCAGUAGGUAACGGGGACCAGCAACCGGCGCACCAACCAUUGAGGGUCCGGGAUCGCUGCAUUUCGCAGUGCACUCUUUGAGACUGUCAACUUAGCAACAUCGACAUUCUACAUUCUAGUUGUACAAUGUUGUACAUGCAAUAUGCGAUUCGCGUAGAAAGAGCGUCGAGUACUUGUCAGUCUGGUCAAGCCUGUGGUUUACUUGGGCUGCCGAUGUUCCCAGAUGCAUUUGGGCAACAAUUAUUACGGCGUGCUCCCAUACUGCCUUCCGCCAACGCAGGUACGCUUCGAGGGAGAACAGAAAUAUCCAUCAGAACAAAAGCGCAAAGGUCCCCUUAGUUUUGAUUUCAGUGCGUUUUCAGUGAGAUCGAAAUACAAGUGCUGUUCAACACGUUUACUGUGUACAGUGAUACUUCAGUUCGACGGGGUGAGUCGGGAGCAGUUUCCCUCUGGCAUGUGGGUGAAGCAGAGGUGCAGGCUGGCGCUGGCCUGCCCGGAUGACGACUAGUACAACUGUAGCACCUGCAGUGCUGCACAGCUGCUCCCCACCAAAUCCUGGCCCCGGUUCAACCCCUCCAUCAUCGGGUGAUGUUUUCGUUUCCGUUUUACUUAUGAAGAGCUCGACACAGCAGUGCCAGUGAGCAUUUUCUUCUUUCCCAACUCUCACUCAGUAUUAGGUUAUCACACUACCACCGAUCCUACAGAAUGUCUCUCUCAAACAAGCUCGCCAUCACCGACGUCGACCUCAAGGACAAGCGUGUCUUGAUCCGAGUCGAUUUUAACGUUCCCCUCGACGCCGACAAGAAGGUCACCAACAACCAAAGAAUAGUCGGUGCUCUGCCAACCAUCAAAUAUGCCAUCGAACAUGGCGCCAAAGCCGUCAUCCUCAUGUCACAUCUCGGCCGCCCCAACGGCCAGAAGAACCCGAAAUACAGCUUGAAGCCUGUGGUUCCUGAGCUCGAGAAGCUGCUCGGCAAGAGUGUUAUCUUCACCGAGGACUGUGUCGGACCGGAGGUCGAGAAAACGGUCAACAGUGCCAGUGGUGGCCAGGUCAUUCUUCUGGAGAACCUGCGUUUCCACAUCGAAGAAGAGGGAAGCAGCAAAGAUGCCGAUGGCAAGAAGGUCAAGGCCGACAAGGAUGCUGUUGCGAAGUUCCGCGCCGGACUGACUGCACUGGGUGAUGUCUACAUCAACGACGCCUUUGGCACUGCCCAUCGUGCGCACAGCUCCAUGGUCGGUGUCGAUCUGCCCCAGAAGGCGUCCGGCUUUUUGAUGAAGAAGGAACUUGACUACUUUGCGCAAGCCCUCGAGAAUCCCAAGAGACCAUUCCUUGCCAUCCUCGGUGGCGCCAAAGUCUCGGACAAGAUCCAGCUGAUCGACAACCUCCUCGACAAGGUCAACAGCCUGAUCAUUUGCGGUGGCAUGGCUUUUACAUUCAAGAAGACUCUCGAAGGAGUUAAGAUUGGCAACAGUCUGUUCGACGAGGCCGGCAGCCAGAAAUGUGCCGAGCUGGUGGAAAAGGCUAAGAAGAACAACGUGAAGAUCAUCUUGCCGGUGGACUACAUCACCGCAGACAAGUUCGACAAGGAUGCACAGACAGGUUACGCAACUGACAAAGAGGGCAUCCCCGACGGUUGGAUGGGUCUUGACUGUGGGGAAGAGAGCAUCAAACUCUACAAGCAAGCCAUCGACGAGGCGCAGACAAUUCUGUGGAACGGACCACCGGGCGUCUUCGAGUUCGACAAAUUUGCCAACGGCACCAAGAAGACCCUGGACGCGGCGGUGGCAGCGGCCCAAAACGGAAAGAUUGUUAUCAUCGGCGGCGGAGACACGGCUACCGUUGCUGCCAAGUACGGAGUGGAAGACAAGUUGAGCCAUGUUUCUACUGGCGGCGGUGCAAGCUUGGAAUUGCUGGAAGGCAAGGAACUGCCUGGUGUCACUGCCUUGUCCAGCAAGUAGGUCACGAGCACAAACAGAUGAUGAUGCAUGGUGCACAUGAACGUCAAUGGGGCUCGGUAUAUAAGACGCCUAUUGAACGAUAGAAAAACGAAAUGCCUUAUUUGUAGCCUUUCUGCUCUGUUUUGACCCAGGACGCCAUUGAAAUGCAGUAUGUCAAGCCAAACAACCCACACGUGUCUAUUUAGUAGCUUCGACUUUCUUUAAUUCUUCCCUGGCAGGAUGUCAGCUCUCUUGGAUAGCG